AUGAAGAGAGACUCGGAAGGCGCGCACGAUCGCCAGGCCAAGCGCUUUCAGGUACCCAGGGCUUGUGACAGAUGCAAGAGCCUGCGGCGCGGGUGCAGCGAGAACCGGCCCUGCAGACGCUGCGUCAAGGCUGGGUUAGGGGACGAGUGUGUGGCUUCGUCCUCUGCCGUCCUCUCUCCAGGAAAUCUGCCCUUUGCCGAAUGGGAGGAAGCUCUUCGAAGGAUUCGAGACUUUGUCGAGGAUGAAGAGCUGGUGAAACGUUGUAUAGAUCGCUUCUUUGAUCUCUUGCAUCCCACCAUCCCUGUUGUUAGUCGCCAGUAUGUGGACCAUCUCUUAUCAGAGGCGGGCUCUCCGACCGGUGGUUUGGAGGCAAGAUGUUUGCUUGCAGCCUUAUCAGCGCAGGUUAUCUUGCAAACAGACGACGUUGAUGGUGUGUUUCACGACAAUAUCUUGCCAGACAAGAAUGGCCCGUUUGCCCGAACCCUGUUCUGCAGCGCUUUGCUGGGCUAUCACAGCCUGCCCAGGCUGACCAUGCCUGGCCUCGGGCAAUGCCUUUUGGUUUUCUUUCUUUAUACUUGUCAUAUCCGUCUGUCACAGCAUGCUCAGGCAUUUCUAUUCCUUCGGGAGGCUACCACGCAGCUCAUGGUGUUGAAGCUGCGCGACGAAGAUGCACCGUGGAAGUCGCUGAUGUCUAACCUCUUCUGGGUGCUGCUGGUAUCGGAAAGGUCGCAUGCCAUUCGAUACUCACGACCCAUUACUCUUCAAAUCACGAGCGAGACACCCUUGCUGGACGAUCUUGGCGCGGAACUGGAGCCCUUUCGCGCACUGGCUCACUUGUUUGAGCCCAUCGAUUCACAUCUUGUUGCAGCCUUGAACAAAGAGCAACUCGGCACGCCACCGUCACACCUGCAUCUCAAUCGAGUCGAAGCUACUAUAAACAACGCCAUACAGUCGACUACGAACGUUAAGCCAGGCCAAACAGCAGACCUGCACAUAACGCAGCUAUGGUUGAGGAUAGUGCUGUGGAAGCUUCGGUUGCGCUUGGGGUAUUUGUCAAAUCAUCCCGAUCAACCAAGUGUCACUUUUCGAUAUCCUGUAAUUGUGGCAAACGACUUGGUCGAUAUCACGAGACAGCUUCCACUGGACAGUAUCCAGAUGCACGGAGGAGGGAUAACAGAAAAGGUGUUUGAUAUUGCAUCCACGCUGGUCGAUGUGCUGGCUGGAGUCCCGAGCCCUCUACCAACGAUGAUAUACACUCCAGGGGGUAGCAGCAUCAGGUCUCGAGAAAAUCUCAGAUUUCUUAGAAGCUUGAUUUUGCAAUUACCUGACGGCCCGACGAUAUACGACGAUUUGAUACAGACACACAUCAGCCAAACCAUGCCGGGAUUAUUAGAAUAG